GCGUGCAAAUCAAAUAUGGUGCCUGUCAGGUUCGGUUGAAAGCUCUGCGUACGUUGGCACACUGUCCAGCUCAUGAAUAGUCGACAUUGGCUUUUGGAAGAUGUCGAGAUCGAUGAGCAAGAUGCUUGUGCGAAGCCUGCUUCUUUGCCUGCGAGCCCGCAACGUGCCUUGGAGGCAUUGUGAACGUUGCUACGCGGGGUACGCGGGUGCCGCUGCAGAGGGUCACCAUCACAAAUUGCGAAGAUCCUUCUUCUGGGGUGCCAACUGCGACCAGAUUCAUUGCCACAGGACCACUCGGGUUGUAUGUGUGAAGACGUUGUCGACGGCUACCGAUGUUAAAUCUUGCCCUCAAACUGUCUGUGGGUCUACGUUGUCCGAAACUAAUGACAAGAUCCGGGUGCCUGUCGCAAAACUCCAAGGCCGUAUGCUGCUGUCGUUCCUUUGCAAACUCUGCUCAACACGAGUCACCAAGCUAAUUUCGAAGGUCUCCUAUGAAAAGGGCGUUGUCAUCGUCAAAUGCCACGGUUGCAGCAAGCACCACCUCAUUGCAGAUAACCUGGACUGGUUUCCCGAACUCGAAGGCAAAAGGAACAUAGAAGAAAUCUUGGCAUCGAAAGGCGAAGCUGUCCGUAAAGCACUUUUGAAAGAUGAGAUCCUUGAAGUCACUGGUUCGUGAGCACUGGGCCUAAACAGCGUCAUGCAAGACUGUUUUCCUAAUUGAAGAACUGCCGUCAAAAUUUUCGCACAUGAAAAUAACUUUUCAAGAUCUGCGUUACUGCUUAAGGUACUGUUUACUUAGUUGCAGGAGCAUGAAUAGUCCAAACAUUUUAAAUUUGUGACCCCAGUUCAACAUACUAGGGCUAGCUUUUUUUUUUUCUCAUAUUCAGAGGAUUGAAAAUCAACACUCCUGUUCUUGUCUUGGCAAAGUUUACUUUUUUUGGCUUCCGUGUUGAAUUUAUAUAGUUACUCACAGAGCACUUAGAUUUUUAAUGGAACAACCCAGCAAAUUUCUUGAACCACUUCACCUAACCUAGGAUGCCUAGUACUUACUUACUCAGUUCAUUUGAAUUGUAUGCAUAUUCUGUGUAAUUUCUAGCAGGCAUAUUGAUGGGAGCUCAUAGAGUUCUCAAAAAUCCAUGGCCUAUAAUAAAGUUAUGGUGUCUUGUA